CUCAUCCCUCGUUUUCAGCUCAAAUGAACUAGGAGGAUUUUGUUUCACCUGUACAGCAUAGUUUGUGAUAACUGCUGCCAAUUCGUCAGCAACCACGCGUGCUUGCAAGCAGCAGCAGUCAACAGAAAUCCCCCUUGAAUCAUUGAAGUGUUCACGCCGACACAAUAGUAAUACACGCGCACUUGCUUGUACACAUUUUGGUUGUUACCUCGCUUUCAGCCGGCACCUGUGGACUGUGGCGAUAAACAGUGAAUCCUUGUGCAAGCAUGGUGGGCAGCAUGGCGGCCAGUACGAGCUAUUGCACUCGAAGCAACGUCACAGGCAGCUGCAGCAGGAGGGCAGCGCGGCAGGCCUCGGUUGUGCGCUUGACACGCACGAUGCCGCGCCACAUCGCUCGGGCGACCCCUGACGACGAGCCCCCGAAGACUCCCAUGAGCGCGCUGGAAGCAACCAUUCGUCGCAAGCAGCGCGAGCUGGAGGCCACCAUUCGUGACAUGGGCAUGGAGGCUCUGGACGAGCGGCUGCAGUCCGCCACCGCCAUGCCGCUGCGGCCCGCCUACCGCCUGGCCACACUCAUUGCGGAGAACGUGCCCAUGGGCCGGGCGGUGCUGGUGUACGAGGUGGCUCGCCCCACCCCCGAGACCACCUCGGCGGAGCUGGCGGAGCUGGCCAAGGCCUACGUGCAGGUGGGCGGCGCCUCGGCUCUGGUGGUGCGCACGGACUCUGCGGACACGCCCUCGGGUCUGCGCGACCUGUUCAGUGUGCAGCAGGCGGUGCCCAAGGUGCCGGUGCUGGCGCGGGACUGGCUCAUCCACCCGCUGCAGGUGUGUGAGAUCAAGGAGUCGGGUGCGGCCGGCGCCCUCGGCCUCAUCAACCAGGUGACGGGUCGCGGCACGGGUGUGAUGAGCAGCUUCAGCGCGGCUCUAGGUCUGGACGCCCCAGUGGAGGUGGUGAACGCCAAGGAGGUGGCUGAGCUCAGCCAGCAGGGUGUGGUGUUCUACGCAAUCAACGUGUCUGUGGGUCUGUCGGUGGCCAUUCCCGGCUUCGCCAACAAGAUCGCGCACGGCCUGCUAGGGGAGCUGCCCUUCGGAGCCAUCAGCCUGGUGGGCGUGCGCUCCCUGGAGGAGGCGUCUGCCGCCCGCCAGAGCGGUGCGGACGCGUUGCUGGUGAAGGCGGAGCUGCUGGCCAGCUACGGCAAGGACGUGCGGGCGCUGGGCAACGCGCUCGAGUACGCGGUCACAUUGGACGACUGAGCGGCGACCAGCAGGGGGGCGAGGGACAUGCUGGGAGAGGGGUGGUAGAUACCAGCCCAAACGACUACGGGGCGCAGGCAUGGGCAGUUGUGGUGACUGAUCGGUGUGGACGUCAGUGGAGGAGAGGGAGGAGAGGGGCAUGAGGCAGGGGAUGGCUUGCGGGAAGGACGGGGCGCUGGAGCUGCAGCGGAGGGGGUGCAGGCGGUAGGUAGCGGGGGGCUGGGGGGUUAGCUUCGGACGGGGCGUGACUCGACGUAAUCUGGCUUGUUUGAAUGUGUGGUGCGGCUCGAAGCGGCUUGGCAGAGUUUGUAGCUCGGCGUUACGCUUGCGGGAACAGGAAGGGGGCUUCGGCGGCUGCUAGGGCUGGAGCGCGUGGUCGGGAUGUGGAGGCGAGCAGGCAGGAGCCGUGACAUGGCCCACGGUACAACACUACUGUAGAGGCUGUGGGAAAGCGGGCGCGGCCAUACCCCUGCUUAUGGUUUGCAUCUGGAAUGGCAGUCAGAUGCGUGUAUGGGUCUAUAAAUCUCGGGUGACCAAGUGUUCACAAGAUAAAGUACAAAACGGA